CGUUGAUUGUAUGACGUCAUCCAAUAAUUGCCCAUAACGCUACCGCUACUCUCAAGUUUGGGAAAUUGCUUGUGUCACGCGGUCACGCGUCGAUGGAUCGGAACAACCAUGGAUGCACCGCGACGGCACCAAAGAAGCCACAUGUACAGCUCGCGCCUAGCCUGUCGGCAUUGAUCGUAACCUACGCUACCUGAUAUGAUCCUUAUUAGAAACCCACGAAAUAAUGAAAGCAAGGGACACCAAAGCAACGACUCGACGGAAGAUGCGAAUGGAUUGAGCGAUGUCUGCUUGCAGAAUUCUAAAUUCGUUUCUCAUGAAAACUCGAGGCUCGUCGUUGCGGUCGUGGUCUCGCCAACGCCAAGUCUUGUGGCGUUACGCGUUCAGUCAUCGUCUCAUUUUCGUUUGCAGUUAUCAUAGCAAAUUCCUCUCACAAAACUAUUAUUAGUUCCAAAGGUAGUAGCUCCCCACACCCCAAGCAAACGUAUCAUCAUGCCCACGAACAUUUCUAAGAACAGCCAGGAGAAGCGCGAGAAGCGAUGGCGUUCCAAGUGUCCCAUUCCGGUAAAGGAACGCAUCCGUCGGGCCAACAAGGAGGACAUGAAGAUUUUAAAGCAAGGAUCCGUCAAGAAGCUUCAGUGUAAGUUUCGGGUUGCUGGAUCGACUGGAAACGUAUACACGACUACCAUUGGAAAGGUUCCCUCGUGCACAUGCCCCGACUACCAAAAGAAACAAGAUGCUUGCAAGCAUACCCUUUUCGUCUUGUUGAAGAUUGUGGGGUUGGACGCCGUCGACGACGAGCUUCUAUAUCAAAAGGCAUUUGUCUCGGCAGAACUGGAGGAGUUGUUCGAACGAAUGGAAGAAAACAAAGAGUCGGCUUCUCGCUAUUUUCAGCAGAAUGACGACACGGACGUGGAUGGGCUCAUUCGCGACUUGGCUGUGACCAACAUUGAAGAGGAUGGUCGCGGUCCAUUUCGGUACGAUAACGUGCGAAGUCUGACGGGGCAACCAUCGGAACGUGAUCGGUCUACUUACCGUCCCUUUCAUUGGGAGACUUCCAAUAAGCGUUAUUACUGAGAAACGAAUGUGGUAUCAGGAGGACAAUUACAUGGAAGGCACAAGAGAAACCACUCACGUUGCGGAUUGAAUGAUGAUGAAUGUAGUCUAAGUCUUUGUCUAGCUAGAAUCUUCUAAGGAACUUGAAUACAUCAUACAAGAGCUAUUGUAGUU